AAAUACUCCCAAAAUGAGAGAUCCGUGGAGAAGUGAGUGACCCCUGCAGCCUCCCCCCUCCUCCCACCAACACCCCGGCCCCAUGUUGCAAUCCCGGAACUGCUAGGAGGCGGGGACAUCUGCAGCUGGCACCCCUGGCCCCCGGCCGGGUAUAAGGCCACCUCCCCAGACCAGCAGGCACAGAAAGAGGCUGCCAUGACCUGCCUGGUUCCAGCUACCGCCCAGAGCCCGGGAUCCCCAAUGCAUGGCUUAAGCAGAACUUUCUUCCUGCUGCUUCUUCUGUGGGGGCUGUGCAGCCCGGAGCCAUGUGUGGUGACCCCAGGGGAGAAGGGCAGCUCGGUGGUCUGCUACGCACCCUGUGAGGCCCCCCUCACCCUGCCGGCCGACACGGUGUCCCUGUCCCUCGAGUUCUCCAACCUGACCCACCUCCCCGCCCACCUGCUGGUCACCGUGCCCCAACUCCUCGAGCUGCAUCUGUCCAGCAACCGUCUGGAGGCGCUAGCACCCGAGUUGCUCAUGGGCACAGAAAGGCUGCAGGUGCUGGACCUCACCGGCAACCGCCUCUCGGACCUGCCCCCUGGCCUCUUCUCCACGGCCCGCAGGCUGCGCACCCUGGUGCUCAAGGGAAACCGGCUGGAGGCCCUGAACGCCACAUGGCUGCGUCCGCUCGAGGCCCUGGAGCACCUGGACCUGUCGGGGAACCGGCUGGGCUGGCUGCCCUCGGGGCUGCUCACGGGCCUGGGCGCCCUGCGCGUCCUGGACCUGAGCGAGAACCGCCUAGAGGCGCUGCCCCCCGAGCUGCUGCGGGGACCCCGCUCGCUGGAGUGGCUGCAUCUCCAGGGAAACCGGCUGCGGGAGUUCGGGGCCCGGCAGCUGGAGCCCCAGCCCGGCCUGAGAUUCCUCUUUCUUCAAGACAACCGGCUGCAGGCCGUGGCGCCCGCGGUGUUCCUGGCCCUCCCGGGGCUCCGCGCCUUGGACCUCUCCAACAACAGCCUGCGCGGGGUGCUGUUGCACCUCCCGGAUGUCCGCCGCCUGACCCCCAGCCCGGAGGGCCUAGACUUUGAUCUCUCCGGCAACCCCUGGGUCUGCGACGCCGCCCUCCGCGGCCUGUACUUGUGGGUGUGCCUCCACCAGGAUGGCAUGCUCUCCCGGAACGAGACCCGCUGUGCCCAGCCUGAGGCGCGGAGGGGGCAGCCGCUGCUGGACAUGGCCUCUGAGAACUGGGGGGCUUCCCGGCGGAGAUAGCUGGCACCUGGAGGCCCCGGGUGCCCACUCCAAAUGUUCCUCAGAAUACACCUUCCCAUAGGGCUGUUGUGUUCGAGCCCCGGCGCCACAUGGGAGCACCACUGUGGCAGCAGAGGAAGCUCCGUGGAUGGUGGAGCAGGGCUGUGACCUCUCAUCUUCUUUUUAAUAAAAAGAAUGAAAAUGUUGGCUUCCAA